AUGGUGCGGGACGAUUUAGAGACUUUGUCUAAAUACCAGCUGCCUGCCGCGCUGGACCAGUACAAGAGCAUCUAUCGCAAGGACUUCUGCUGGCACGACGAUUACCACUCACCCAUCCAGGCACACGUACCGACACCUUCAUACCUUCCUCUGGAAGACCUACCCAGGUGCUACCUGCCAGAGUGCCAGCCCUCUGACCUGACCCCAAGAUGGGCAGGGAAACUGGAGAUUCUCGCGGAGCCGAUGCAUGACCUGUCCUGCUGCUCGCCCCUUCCAGCUCCUGCUCUGACAGAUGAAACUGAGGAGGUGUUGGAGCCAAGGGCGCCGCCGCCUGUCAUCACCUACCAGCAGUUUGCCCAGGAUUUGUACAAGGAAGUGCUGUCCAAUGCUGAUAAAUACAAAACCAAGAACCGGAGCUCAUAUAUCCGCUUCAAUGAGAGCCGCUGGGUUACUGAGUAUGGAGACAGCUACAGCAUCUUCCUGAAGAGGCUGGACUGGUCCUCUCCCAUCUCUGCCCAGUGGCUGCCCUUUGGGAAGGAUGUGCGAUGGACGCCGCGAUGGAAGCUGGCCGAUUUUAACAGUGGGAAGAUGCUGACGGACAGGAAUGAAUCCUGGCUCUCUAAUUUCUCCUCUGCUGCCUCCUCCUUUGCAAGGGGAGGUGUUGGGCUCCAGGAGGUGCUCGUGGGGCUUGUCCUCACCCUCAUUGACGUGGUGACACUGCUGGGAAACACCGUGGUGUUCCUCUGCCCCGUGGUGGAGAAGAGGCUGCGCACUGUCACCUACAUGUUCAUCAUGUCCCUGGCCACGGCAGACUUCCUCGUGGCCUGUCUGGUGAUGCCCUUCAGCAUCAUUUACGAGGUGACAGGGAUGUGGCUCUUUGGGAAGCUGUUCUGCAAAGUCUGGAUCUCCUUCGAUGUCAUGUUCUGCACUGCAUCCAUUGUCACGCUGUGCUUCAUCAGCCUGGACAGGUACUGCUCCGUGGUCACCCCCUACCACUACUCCAGGAGGAUGUCCCGGGGCAGAUGCAUCGUGAUGACCUGCACGGUCUGGGUCUAUUCCUCCCUCAUCUCCUUCCUUCCUGUCAUGCAAGGCUGGAACGAGAUCCCCGGGGUGGACUUUGAUGCGGGCAGAGAAUGCAUCUUCGUCACCAACUGGGUUUUUGCCAUCGUGGCUUCUGCCCUGGCCUUUUUCCUUCCCUUCAUGGUCAUGUGCAGCAUGUACUUCUUCAUCUACCGAGCCUCCCGCCUCAAGGCCACGCGCAUCAUGUCCCAGACGCUGGAGAUCCACUACCACCCCAACAGCAAGAGGCAGAACCACCUGCAGCUGGAGAACAAGGCCACGAGGACCAUCAGCAUCAUCAUCUCCGUGUUCGUGCUGUGCUGGCUGCCCUACUUCGUGCUGAACGUCUGGCUGGCGGCCAGAGGCACCGACUCCACCAGCACCGUGCUGCUCGGCACCUUCAAGAUCAUCACCUGGCUGGGCUACUGCAACUCCACCAUCAACCCCCUGCUCUACGCCUUCCUCAACAGGGACUUCCAGCACGCCCUCAGGAAGCUGCUCCUGUGCAGGCGCAGGUCUCAGGUGGACGCUGGGGAAGACAUGGUUUCCAUAGCCACGUUUUCCAAGACCGCUCCCGACCUGGAAUACAGUGUGACGGUGCCCAACGGUGCCCCGAAGGGCAAACCCAAGUCAUAG